AUGUUUUUAUCCGAGCAUAGUUUAGGUAUGAAUUAAGUUUUCAAUAUUUAUUGUACAAUGUCAUUGUCUCCAGUUAAUUUCGUCACUAUUUAUUUUUCUCCUAAAUUAAUUACUAAUACGAAGAAUUUAAUUUCGCGAAGUCACAAGGUGUUAUGAACACAAGCAGUUUUACCUGUUGAAAUUUCAUUUGAUAUUUUUGUUAUAGCUUACUCGGAUCUACAGAUCAGGUUGGUCAACCCAAAGAACAACAAAACUGCAGGAAGAGUUGAAAUAUACCAUCCUUCUUUUGGCUGGGGUACUGUCUGUGGUCUCCCGCCCUGGACUAUUGUGGAAGGUGGGGUUGUAUGUCGCCAGUUGAAUUUCACUGGAGCGAACGCGACAAUGUGGUAUAAAAGCCCCUAUGGCCAAGGAAGUGGUCCAACAUUGCUUAACAACAUUAAGUGCACUGGUAACGAAUCGUACAUAUGGGAUUGCAGUCAACCUGGAUGGAAUGUGUAUGACUCUUUGUGUGACGAUCUUGAUUUGGAUGUGGGUGUUGAUUGUUACUGA